GGCCAGGCCCAGCGACUGGAGCCGGGCCUCCGCCGCCAGAGGCCAGCGAGUGCUGUCUUCCUGAGUCGGCAGCCGGGCCAGGGGCGGUGGGAGGGAGCGGUGGCCUGUGCUGUGGCCAUGUCUGCGUCCGCAGGGGCCCGUGGUCCCGCGAACCUGAACCAUCAGUCCGGGCCCAGCCGGACACCCGUGCCCUCCCGGGGGUCCGGCAGAGGGCAGUGACCUGCAAUCUCUGUGCUUCCUGACCCCUUCCCCCUCCCCGAGAAACAGGAGAGCCCAAGGGAUGGCUGCUGACAUGCAGAGGAAGAGAAGCAGCGAAGGCCCCGAUGGCACGUUGGCUCCUUCUGAUGGGCAGAGUGUGGAGAGAGCUGAGAGCCCCACACCAGGACUGGCCCAGGGAAUGGAGCCAGGUGCCGGACAGGAGGGUGCCAUGUUCGUCCAUGCCCGUUCCUACGAGGACCUGACUGAAUCAGAGGAUGGGGCAGCUUCUGGGGAGAGCCCCAAGGAGGGUGCUGGCGGUCCCCCACCACUGCCUACAGACAUGCGCCAGAUCAGCCAGGACUUCAGUGAGCUGAGCACCCAGCUGACGGGUGUCGCCCGAGACCUGCAGGAGGAGAUGCUUCCAGGAAGCUCUGAGGACUGGCCGGAGUCCCCAGGGGCAGUUGGGCGACCAGCCACAGAGCCCUCAAGGGAGGGCACUGGUGAAGGGGAUGAGGAGGAGACUGCUGAGGCAUGGCGCCUGCACCAGAAGCAUGUCUUCGUGCUGAGCGAGGCGGGGAAGCCUGUGUACUCCCGCUAUGGGUCAGAGGAGGCACUUUCCAGCACCAUGGGUGUCAUGGUGGCCCUGGUGUCCUUCCUGGAGGCUGACAAGAAUGCCAUCCGUUCCAUCCAUGCAGAUGGCUACAAGGUAGUAUUUGUGCGCCGGAGCCCACUGGUGCUGGUGGCGGUGGCCCGCACGCGGCAGUCGGCACAAGAACUGGCGCAAGAGUUGCUCUACAUCUACUACCAGAUCCUGAGCCUUCUUACGGGCGCGCAGCUGAGCCACAUCUUCCAGCAGAAGCAGAACUAUGACCUGCGGCGCCUGCUCUCGGGCUCUGAGCGCAUCACGGACAACCUGCUGCAGCUCAUGGCGCGAGACCCCAGUUUCCUGAUGGGGGCGGCGCGCUGCCUGCCCCUGGCGGCGGCCGUGCGCGACGUCGUGAGUGCCAGCCUGCAGCAGGCGCGCGCCCGCAGCCUCGUCUUCUCCAUCCUGCUGGCGCGCAACCAGCUCGUGGCGCUUGUGCGCCGCAAGGACCAAUUCCUGCACCCCAUCGACCUGCACCUGCUCUUCAACCUCAUAAGUUCCUCCUCGUCCUUCCGCGAGGGCGAGGCCUGGACGCCCGUGUGCCUGCCCAAAUUCAACGCAGCCGGCUUCUUCCAUGCACACAUCUCUUACCUGGAGCCUGACACGGAUCUCUGCCUGCUGCUCGUCUCCACCGACCGUGAGGACUUCUUUGCAGUGUCUGACUGCCGCCGCCGCUUUCAGGAGCGCCUGCGGAAGCGCGGAGCGCACCUGGCGCUGCGGGAGGCACUGCGCACACCUUACUACAGUGUUGCCCAAGUGGGCAUCCCUGACCUGCGCCACUUCCUCUAUAAGUCAAAGAGCUCAGGACUCUUCACCAGCCCUGAGAUCGAGGCCCCGUACACCAGUGAAGAGGAGCAGGAGCGGCUGCUGGGCCUCUACCAGUACCUGCACAGCCGCGCCCACAAUGCCUCCCGCCCACUCAAGACUAUCUACUACACGGGCCCCAACGAGAACCUCCUGGCUUGGGUGACAGGCGCCUUUGAGCUCUACAUGUGCUACAGCCCCCUGGGGACCAAGGCGUCGGCCGUCAGUGCCAUCCAUAAACUGAUGCGCUGGAUCCGCAAAGAAGAAGACCGCCUCUUCAUCCUCACGCCCCUCACGUACUGAUGAGAAUGUGUGUGGGCUCGGCCCUCCUAGGCACACCAGGCUGUGGAAGCCAUGGGAGCUUCCAGGUGGGGCUGGCCUCUCUGGCCCAGGCAGCAGGCAGGGACUGUGGGUUGCUGUGUGCAUUAAAGUGCUUUGGGGAACACACU